UUGUUGCUUAUUAAAAAAGGGCGCGUAAAAAAAAUAUCCCAGUGAAAACUUUAUACACAAAUUUAUUACGCGAAGUUCUCACUACUUUUUUUAUAAAAACAAAUAACAGAAAGAAUAACAGAAAGAUAAAGAAUAAAGAAUAAAUAAAAGAAUAAAAAAGGAAUUAAUAGAUUGUAAAACUUUUAUAACAGGAGAUAAAAAAAAAUAAAGAAAAACCUGAUAACAAUUGACUGUCUCAAAAAAGCACUCCUUUUAUCUAUAAUAUAGACUGGUUUUAUAUUUUAUCAACCCUGAAAAUACAGAUCGGAAGUGCCUUGUGUAGUUAUUGUUUGUGUAGAAGGAAAAACACUGUCUGAAAAUAUCUGCUAUACAGAUGCAGACGUGCUAUAAAAGGGGUGGCUUGAAAUUUCCAGACUUUAGUUUUUUGGAAGAGUGCUGAGGACAGUCAUUGUUAUUGCAUUUUUGAAGUGGAAAUUUUUACAUUCAACACGAUCAGGAAGAGAAGACCAACAGAAGUUUGGUGAAGACCAGAUAUCAGAUAUGAAGGAAGAAAACUAACUGGACAGGCAAACUACUGUCAGCAUUUAAUAAUUAAUGUGAACUAUGUUCUGGGUAGAUAUGUCAUGGAACAUUGCUUGGAUUAUAUGGCAAAUUUAUAAAAAAAAAUGUCGGCACGCGAAAGGAAUAUAGACAUUUGUUUACCGACUGAAUUUUACCCACAAUUUUACUGAUUAAUUUUCGCUGUUUUUAUAAAAUAUAUAAUACAUACAAUUAAGUUUUCAAAAUUCCUUUUUAUGGCAUAAUAUCAAAAUAUCCAAUCUUUUUAUCUUCUUAUUUUUGGAGACAUUUUGAUUCUUAAUGUUUUUAUUAUUCAGCUUUAUAUUUAUUUAAAAAAUCGGUAAAAAAAAGAUCAGAAAUAAAAUGGAUGAAAAAGGCGUUAAAAAUUUUGGACGGAACACUAUGUUAGUCACUGACCCAAAACUUGGUGACCUUUUACCCACCUUUUUAUCAAAAAAGGGAAUGCAAGUGGUUAUAAAGCUGUUGAAGAAGCGGUUAAUAAACAAAAAAGAAGUUUGCCAAUGUUUGCUUUAUCGAAAUGAAUUUAAUUCACAUGUUGAUGCAUCACUGAAGUGUUUAAUUAACGGAUCAUCUUAUAUUGGUGCCCGCUUUAGAGAAGGAUUUCUGCUUUAGAAAAUGUCUGCUUCAGAGGUACUUGCAAGAGUCUACGAAAAAGAAUCAUAACCUUAAACAUGAUCACGUGUAUUUAUAUAUAUUCGAGACUGCUGUUGUUCAGAGAAAAUGGGUAAUAUAAUAUUAGUUUCUCCUACAAUAUUUCUCGUGACGUUAUUCAACUUUGAAAGCAUAUUUUUCUACAACGAAUUCCGGUUUUGACAUAAUCACUUCAUUAAAGUCAUAACAUUGGUUUUAAAAAAUCGGCUAUAAAAAGACAAUAAAAAAUCGUGUUGACAAAACUCAGACAAACAGUCAGUCAAGGUUAAAAAGAAAAUUUCAAAACGAGAAAGAAGCAAUCUGUUUUAUAGUCAAAACUUCAACAACACAGACAUGGUGUGUCAAAUAAAGCAAAUUUUUCUUGCUUCUAUCAUUCUACUUACGUUGCAAUGCGGAGAGAGCAGACCAAAAAAGCCGUCUACAUUAAAUUUGUGUGCCAGCCACUCGGAUCGAAGAUGGUAUGUUUGGGAUUGUCCUAAACAAUCAGCCAGGCAAAAAACAUUGGUGGAAAAGCUGAGAGGUCGAUUAACAAAGAGAUCCAUCAACCUAAAACGACAAAAAACAAAAACAGAGCUUUGGAGAGCAUGGUAUUGUCGAAACAUGAGGAGUUUCAACUUUGACCAAUCCGAAAAACACCUUAUAAAUUUAUUGCGUUUGUGUGGAAACUAACCAUCUAUAUUUAGUGUUAUUUUUACUUAAUUUAUUUAAUAAACUGUAUAUAUAUAUAUAAAAAAGAUGUUUUUGUAAAUAUGUGGAUAUAUAAAAU